UGUUUGGUGGGGUCGUUGUGUCUAAGAGGCAUAGUGAAGCAAGGGCUGCCUGAGAGAGAGACUAGCGUGCUGUAGUGAAGUACCGGCUGAGGAGUGAGGAAGAUUGACCUGUUCUCGAAUAUUAUAAAAAGAUAAAACAUCACAAUGAGUGUCAACACCGACUGGGACAUUGAAUAUUACCGGACACCAUAUGAAAGUAAUGAACACUGGUCCUUGAAGGAGGAAUUCAUGUUAGCACAUAAGGAUAGAAUCUCAGAAGACCGUCUGGUAUGCUUGGCUCAAGUAUAUGCUAACAUUGAACUUUUGGGUUGCAGGUACCCAGAUAAAACCAUGGAGGAAGUUUCUAUAUUGGCCCAGGAUAUAGGAAAAGACUACAAAGAAAGGAAGAAGAACAAAUUGCAACGUACAUUUGUUAAGGCAUCUGAUGCUGCUGGAGCUAGAUAUAAAGAGAAAUCUAAGAAGAAUCGACCUGGUGGUGAUCAACAUCAGAAGAAAGUGCCCCUUGCAAUGAAGCCUUUAACAUUUGUGAAAGAAUUUGGGAGUGUUGCAAAUAAUGAUGAGACUCUUGAUAGAAGAAACAUAGAGUUAAAUACAAUUGACAUGGCUCCUCCACAGUCUUGUGAUAGUGAAACUAUAAGAAAAUUUUCUGCUAACAAAUACAAGGCAGCUGUUAUGCAGAACAAAAAAGAUAAUGCAGGUCCCUCAGAUUUUAAUGCUUCUGUUAAUCAAUUUGGUAGAGGAACUGGACAAAGGAAAGGUCAAUCACCAAGAGGAAGAAUGAAUGUUGGUCGUGGUGUUACUACCCAGAAACAAAAGCCCCUUGCUGUCAAAGGAAAUCAUCCACUGUCAGAUUUUCUUGUUGUUGAACGAGCAUACACAACACAAAAUUCCGUGUCUCAACUUUCUCAGUCUGCAGCUUUUUCCCAUAUGCCAAUGACCUACACGCAGAGCCUCAACGGAAGGGAGUGGUUUGUGAGCAUCAAUGGAGUAAAUAUUGGUACAGGCUCAGGAGACACAGUGAAAGAGGCCAAGGAGGCAGCAGCAGCCAAUGCAUUGGAAACCUUGUCACACCACUGCUACACACUGAAGGUUUUGAAAAUUCAUGCAGCUAAUGAAGAAGUAACCUUAAGUGAAGUUGAAGCUGGCAAACUAGGACCAAGUAGUUCAGCACCAAUUGAGGGAGCUUCUUUAGACAAACCUGUAGACAACAGUUCCAUGGGCAUGAAGCUGCUGAAGUUGAUGGGGUGGACAGGUGGAGGACUUGGCAAGGAAGGAUCAGGAAUUAUUGAACCUAUCAAGCCAGCUGAAGUUUUUGGUCGAGAAGGACUCGGUCGUAACAAAGAAACGGAUGUUUCUGUUCAGUUUAACAAUGGUAUUAAAAGACUCAUAUCUGAUUAUGCCAGAGGAACUGGAUUUAAAGAAAUUGCCUUUACAGCAGAUUUUUCAAAAGAGCAACGUGCUUCAAUACACAAAGUGGCCCGACGCUUCAGGCUGAAGACUGUAAGUUAUGGUAAAGGCGAUGAUCGAUAUUUAGUAUUAUCCCGCAAAUAUUCAAACAAGGCGCUUAUUCAUAAACUUCUUGAAAAUGGACCUACAGAUAAAUAUCAGCUAAUACCUCCCAAAGACAAAUAAAUUUUGUAAGCAGGCACAAUGGAUAUGAGUUAUUUGGGGAUAUAAAGCCAAAACUAAAAGAAUUUUAUAACCCAAUUGUGCUUCUGCCUGACAGCUUUUGUAAUGUCAGACACUAUGUCUUCAGGUUUAGAUUAGGUGGGCUGAAUAA